CCUCCUCGGACCCCUCAAAGGAUGUCGGAGAUAAAGAGUUGCGAAGAAUGAGGAUCGUGCGCCGCAUCUGGGGAGGGAUAGCGAAAAUCCGCUGCAAACACUAGGAACAGUGCAGCGGCCAAGAGGAUGUGGGAGCCUUUCAAAUACUAAUUAGGGGCCGCGACUGCAGGUUAGCCUUGGGGACAACGGCAUCCCGGCUGCAGUGGUCGUGCCGCUUGGGGGAGAGGAGCACAGCGAAGGAACCGCCGACGGAGCAGCCGAGGGGCCAGUACCACCUUCUCUCGCCCCCUCACUACCAUGUACAGUGUGCGCUGCAAGAAGAAGGCGGACGAUGCACGCACACCCUCGAGCCCCUCUCCCUCCGGAGGUAAAAUGCACGUUUGCUGCCCCCCAGUAACUUUGGAACAGGACCUUCACAGAAAAAUGCAUAGCUGGAUGCUGCAGACUCUAGCGUUUGCUGUAACAUCUCUCGUCCUUUCCUGUGCAGAAACCAUCGAUUAUUAUGGGGAAAUCUGUGACAAUGCAUGUCCUUGUGAGGAAAAGGACGGCAUUUUAACUGUGAGCUGUGAAAACCGGGGGAUCAUCAGUCUCUCUGAAAUUAGCCCUCCCCGUUUCCCAAUUUAUCACCUCCUGUUGUCUGGGAACCUUCUGAACCGUCUCUAUCCCAAUGAAUUUGUCAAUUACACUGGGGCUUCAAUUUUACAUCUGGGAAGCAAUGUUAUCCAAGACAUCGAGACAGGGGCUUUCCAUGGGCUGCGGGGUUUGAGGCGACUACACCUAAACAAUAAUAAACUGGAACUUCUGCGAGAUGACACCUUCCUUGGCUUGGAGAACUUAGAAUACCUGCAGGUCGAUUACAAUUACAUCAGUGUCAUUGAACCCAAUGCUUUUGGAAAACUGCAUAUGUUGCAGGUGCUUAUCCUCAAUGACAAUCUCUUGUCAGGUUUACCUAACAAUCUCUUCCGUUUUGUGCCCUUAACGCACUUGGACCUGCGGGGGAACAGGCUGAAACUUCUGCCCUAUAUGGGGCUGUUGCAACACAUGGAUAAAGUUGUGGAAUUGCAGCUGGAGGAAAACCCCUGGAAUUGCUCCUGUGAGCUAAUUUCUCUCAAGGAUUGGUUGGACAGCAUCUCCUACUCAGCCCUUGUGGGUGAUGUGGUCUGUGAGACCCCCUUCCGUUUGCACGGCAGGGACUUGGAUGAGGUAUCCAAGCAGGAACUUUGUCCAAGGAAACUUAUUUCUGACUAUGAGAUGAGGCCACAGACUCCUUUAAGCACCACGGGGUAUUUGCAUACGACCCCAGCCUCUGUAAAUUCUGUGGCCACUUCUUCCUCUGCUGUUUACAAGCCCCCCUUGAAGCCUCCUAAGGGGACCCGCCAGCCCAACAAGCCCAGAGUGCGCCCGACUUCUAGGCAGCCCUCUAAAGACUUGGGUUACAGUAACUAUGGCCCCAGCAUAGCCUACCAGACCAAAUCCCCGGUGCCUUUGGAGUGUCCCACCGCCUGCACUUGCAACCUUCAGAUCUCUGAUCUGGGCCUCAAUGUCAACUGCCAAGAGCGCAAAAUCGAGAGCAUCGCGGAGCUACAGCCCAAGCCCUACAAUCCCAAGAAAAUGUACCUAACAGAGAACUACAUCACUGUUGUGCGCAGGACAGACUUCCUGGAAGCCACAGGACUGGACCUCCUGCACCUCGGUAACAACCGCAUCUCCAUGAUCCAGGACCGGGCCUUUGGGGAUCUCAGCAACCUGAGACGUCUCUAUCUGAAUGGCAACAGGAUUGAGAGACUGAGCCCAGAGUUAUUCUAUGGCCUGCAGAGCUUGCAGUAUCUCUUCCUCCAGUACAAUCUCAUUCGCGAAAUCCAGUCCGGGACUUUUGAUCCAGUCCCAAACCUCCAGUUACUAUUCUUGAAUAACAACCAACUGCAGACCAUGCCUUCAGGUGUCUUCUCUGGCCUGACUCUUCUCAGGCUUAACCUGAGGAGCAACAGCUUCACCUCCUUGCCAGUUAGUGGAGUUUUGGAUCAGCUGACAUCCCUCAUCCAAAUUGAUCUACAUGACAACCCUUGGGAUUGCACCUGCGAUGUGGUGGGCAUGAAGCUGUGGAUUGAGCAACUCAAAGUGGGAGUGCUCGUGGACGAAGUGAUCUGUAAGGCGCCCAAGAAAUUUGCAGAGACCUACAUGCGCUCCAUCAAGUCGGAACUGCUGUGUCCAGACUAUUCUGAUGUGGUGGUAUCCACGCCCACGCCCUCUUCCAUCCAGGUACCAUCCCGGACCAACGCAGCGACACCAGCUGUGAGGCUGAACAGCACCGGGGCCCCUGCGGGCUUGGGUGCUGGAGCCGGGGCUUCGUCAGUGCCCUUGUCGGUGCUGAUCCUCAGCCUGCUGCUCGUUUUCAUCAUGUCAGUCUUCGUGGCGGCAGGCCUCUUCGUGCUGGUCAUGAAACGCAGGAAGAAGAACCAGAACGACCACACCAGCACCAACAACUCCGACGUGAGCUCCUUCAACAUGCAGUACAGCGUGUAUGGGGGUGGAGGCGGCAGCGGGGGUAGCCACCCUCAUGCGCACGUGCACCACCGCGGACCGGCUUUGCCCAAGGUGAAGACUCCCGCGGGCCACGUGUAUGAGUACAUCCCUCACCCACUGGGCCACAUGUGCAAAAAUCCCAUCUACAGGUCUCGAGAAGGCAACUCCGUGGAGGAUUACAAAGACCUGCACGAGCUCAAGGUCACCUACAGCAGCAACCACCACCUGCAGCAGCAGCAGCCACCGCCGCCGCAGCAGCCCCAGCAGCAGCCCCCUCCGCAGCUGCAGCUGCAGCCUGGGGAGGAGGAGAGGCGGGAAAGCCACCACUUGCGGAGCCCCGCCUACAGCGUCAGCACCAUCGAGCCCCGAGAGGACCUAAUGUCGCCGGUGCAGGACGCUGAUCGCUUUUACAGGGGCAUUUUAGAGCCAGACAAACACUGCUCCACUAGCCCUGCCGGCAGCAGCCUCCCGGAAUACCCCAAAUUCCCAUGCAGCUCGGCUGCUUACACUUUCUCCCCAAACUAUGACCUGCGACGCCCCCAUCAGUAUUUGCAUCCGGGGGCAGGGGACAGCAGGCUGCGGGAACCGGUGCUCUACAGCCCUCCCGGUGCUGUCUUUGUAGAACCGAACCGGAAUGAGUAUCUGGAGUUAAAAGCAAAACUAAAUGUUGAGCCGGACUACCUCGAAGUGCUGGAAAAACAGACCACAUUCAGUCAGUUCUAAAAACAAAGAAACUCCGUUGGAGCUUUUGCGUUUGAAACAAACAAGCAAGCAGACACACUUGGUGAACACAUUUGAUUAAUUGUGUCGUUUCAACAUUUAGGGUGAAGUGCCUUGGCACGGGAUUCUCAGCUUCGGUGGAAGCUAACUGAAAGGGUGUGCAAUUUACUUUUAAUUUUACACGCGGGAAACAUUUAUGUAAACUAGGCACAUCACUUUCUCUUCUUGUCUGUGAGGGAAGAGAGAAGGGCUUUGGGGAGGGCGAUUUGCAUCCAGGGUGACCUUCAACAGGUUGCGGUCCCUUUUUGCAGUGCUCUGAAGUGCUAAGAAGGGUUGGGGGUGGAAGCAGCUUAGAUUCUUCUCAUCCUUUUUGCUCCUCUUCUCACAUCCUUCUUGUCCUUAGAGCCUUGGCAUUGGUUGAGAGAUUAGCACACCCCAACUUUAAUAGGAAGUUUCUUCUCUCUCACUUCCCUCCCUUCCUUCCCCCUCCCACCUUCCUUCCUAACCUUUUCCUUUGUUUUUAAAGAAUGUGUUUGUAUGCAUUCUGGACAUUUGAAUUAAAAAAAAAAGUCUUGUGAUCCAGAAAGGCUCACUAUAGAUGUGGACAAAUCAUUAAAAUUACAGAGCUAUAUGAUCCAUAAUUGAUUAGUCAAAAUAACUUAUUGAUGAAAUAUACAAAUAUUUUAUUGUAGCACCUAUUUUUAUAUGCACAUUUAGCAUUCCUCUUUCCUUCACUAUUUAGCCUAUGAUUUUCUCAGAGGUGUUGUUGCACUGUACUACGAGCUGCAUUUCCAAAAUCAGAGUAAUAUCAGAAAGGCCUAUUAAAUAUUUAAAGACGUGGAGCACUAAAUGGCAAAAGUCUUUAAAAACCUAUGAAGCCCACCCAAUGCGACUUGCCAUUCAAAAAAUAGUAAACUAAAAAAUGAAGCUGUUUAUAACCUGCUGUAGAAAAGGAAAAAGAUGGAACAAUUAAUUGGGUAGUUCGAUUGAGAAAAGUGUGACAGUUUUUGGAUGUAUCAGAGAAGGUUGAAAAUUAUUUUUAUUAGUGAACCAAAAUGCUGUAUUGAUUUGACUACUAUUGUAGCCGAUUUUUGAUUGUGUAACCAAACCCAAUUGCAUUUGUACAGUUCCGCGUGCCCUUGCACCUCAGAAGACCAAACGAUGGGCUGUACAAGUCUGUCCAAUGUCUUUAUCCCUCUGGGCAGAUGCUGAGGACAAACAGGAUCUCUGUAAGAUGGAACUACUAUUGUUACAGUCUCAUAUGUAUCCCAGCACAUGUAAUUUUUUAAAUAGUUUCUGAA